AAGCUGACUUUAAGAAAGCUGAAUGGUUUCUUCAUCGACAUGGUAAAGCAAUAAACAUCAUAGUCAAACUCAGAUGUGAAGAGAUUACUUACCAAUCUUUAUACCCUACCCAUACCUUAGCAGAGAAGGAAAGCCGAGAAAGAAAGAAAGAGUAAUCCUUCGUUCACACAAUUGCUUCAUUCAUAUUAAAAACACCACAACUUGUGUCUUCCCUUCUACAAAUCUAACAGCGAUGAUGACUACGGUGGAGUACUCCAAAGUCAAAACUUCGGUCUGGUGGGAUAUAGAGAACUGCGAGGUCCCUAAAGGAUGGGAUGCACAUGCCGUUGCUCAGAACGUGGGUUCCUCUCUGUUGAAAAUGAACUACUCUGGUCCCGUCUCAAUCCUCGCUUAUGGCGACACCAAUCUCAUCCCUCACCAUGUUCAGCAGGCACUCUCUUCUACUGGUGUUGCCCUUAAUCACGUCCCUGCAGGAGUGAAAGAUGCGAGUGACAAAAAGAUACUAGUGGAUAUGUUACUGUGGGCUGUAGACAACCCUGCACCAGCCAACAUCAUGCUCAUCUCCGGAGAUAGGGACUUCUCCAAUGCUCUUCACCAGCUAAGUAUGAGGAGGUACACCAUUCUUCUCGCUCAUCCUCCUCAUGCCUCCGCUCCGCUUGUUGCUGCUGCCAAAAAUGUAUGGCUAUGGACAAGCUUAGCAUCAGGAGGUCCUCCUCUUGCUAGUGGUGAAUCCUCUCCAGUUUCUGAACCAGCUCAAUCCAGCAAACCAACUGGUUCAAGUUCUGUAGCUGGAGAUACUAAUGUUACUUCUUCUGAUAGCUUCAGAGCACACCUCUCAGAUAAAAGACAGACCUCUCAGGCUGCGUUUAGUCACAAAGCUCAUCAUGCUAGUGUUUCAGUCAAACCUGCACAGGAACCAGAUGUUGUGGAACCUGUGUUGUGUGUUGUUUGCCGGAUCAGCUGCAUCAGUAAGGAGGCAUAUGCAAAUCACAUCUAUGGUAAAAGGCACCGAAACAACUUGGAGCUGCAAUCAGGUAAGGUUGAAAAUGUGUGUUCUGGCCCAGAUGCGCUUCCUAAGGAGGUUCUGACAAGACAGAACAGAAGAACAAGAAGAAGGCAAAGGAAGGUAGGAGUCUACCAAGAGAAAGGUGUUGGAGAAAAGUCUCAACCAAGAGAAGAAUUAAUUGCAGAGCCUCAGUUUCAGUCUGAAGACAGUCAAGAGAAGAAGCAUAUUGUUGCCACGGUGAAUCAAUCAGAGGAAGCAAUUGAAGAGACAGGUGCAAGAGAAAAGUCUCAACCAGUAGAAACAACCACAGAACCUCAGGUGCAGUCUCAAAACACCCAAGAGAAGACCAAGUGCUUGGAGAAGCAAAGUGAAGAGCUCAGAAAGAUACUACUUGGCACCUCAGAAAGCAGUAGUACUGUAAAAGAAAAACUUCCAAGAACUAAAGACCAGGCAGAUACUGUUAACAAACAGGAGAAUGUUAACAGAGAAUGUUUUGAUGGCACUGUCAAGCCUUUAAACCAGUCUGAAGGAGCAAAUGAUAAUCACUCGGGGGAGGUGAAGAAGAAGAAGAAGAAGGAGGUGAUGGAACGCAGAGCAGUUGGAGUUAGAUCUAAGCUUUGUCAUCUUUGCGUAGUGAUCUGUGACAGCCAGGGUGUUUCAACACUGGUCUGUGAUCGCUUACAUCAUUGGCCAAAUCAAAAGGCUUUCUUUGAAGCCAGUGAUCAUGUUGUGUGGUGCAGAGUCUGCCAGAUGAGCUGCAAGAAGGCUGCAUAUGAGAAUCACACCAAUGGAGAAAAACAUCGACAUAAGUUGGAGUUGCAAUCUGCCAAGAAUGAAAAUAUGUCUAAGGGACAAGCCAAGCUUUUUGAAGAGAAUGCAGAGAAGAUGAAGAAGGGCAAAGACCAAACCGCUUUUGAUUCUCUGAAACAUGCAGACAUGGUCAAGGACCAAACAGAUAAGGCAUUUGUUGACUCAAAGAAAAUUCGAGAAGAAAUUGAUCAAGGGGCACAAGAAGAUAAAGAGGAAGUGAAGGAGAUAAACGCAGUAUCUGAGAACCUAGUGCAUGUUUUCAAUGGACAGAAUCGGGAGUCUCGAAUACCAAAAGAAUCGAGAGGAUGUUUGGAUGUGAUUCCCGAGAGAGUACAAGUUCCACCAGAUGAGUCCAAGCACAAACAGGAGCGUGAAAAGGAGUGUGCAGGAGGAGGUAAGGAGCAUCUCGGAGAGGCUGCUAAAAGAGAAGAGAGUAAGAAGGUCCAAGUUGAUAACUUAUGGACACGCCUUUGGUGGGGAAAGAGUUAAAUAUCUAAGUCUGCGAUUUGAAUUGAUGGAAACUAUAACAAUGAUUUUGUGAAUAGCAUGUUAAUGUUGGCAGCAACGAAACUUUAGGUGUGAGGUUGUGUGUGUGAAACCAAUUAUUAGGUAAAAAUAUGAAUAACUGGAUGAGUUGGUAUUGAUCAAAUAUAAUGUUAAGAUUGUAAUGGACUUGAAUCAAGAAUUAAAACACUUGGGUUUUCU